CCAGAGUUCAAGGAGGCCUUCUCGCUCUUCGACAAGGACGGGGAUGGCACCAUCACCACCAAGGAGCUGGGCACCGUCAUGCGCUCUCUGGGCCAGAACCCCACCGAGGCCGAGCUGCAGGACAUGAUCAACGAGGUGGACGCCGACGGCAACGGCACCAUCGACUUCCCCGAGUUCCUCACCAUGAUGGCGAGGAAGAUGAAGGACACGGACAGCGAGGAGGAGAUCCGCGAGGCUUUCCGCGUCUUCGAUAAGGAUGGGAACGGCUACACCAGGGCGGCCGGGGUGCGCCCCGGGAUGACCAACCUGGGGGAGAAGCUGACGGAUGAGGAGGUGGACGAGAUGAUCCGAGAGGCCGACAUCGAUGGUGACGGACAGGUCAACUACGAGGGUGAGCGCCACUGUCACCCCAGGGGCGUCCCCGCUGUCACCCGGCGUCUCCUCUGUCACCCACAGUUCCUGCGGCCUUAA